AGCGACGCGACACACACGAGUUCCGCAAGAUGGGAAAGUGGGAGCUGACGAUGGAUCCAGUGCAGGAGUGGGGUGAGGAGGUUGAGAAUGGUGUGGUGUAUGGUAUCACCUUGAGGAGGGAGCCCGUUUCACCGCAGUCUGACUCCACUGAGGACCGCUCUGCCUUUGUGCAGUACCGCACAUGUAAGGUGCGCAGGCUAAAAGCUGCAUCCCUGGACAACUUGGUGACACACCUUGUGAACCGGCGUUGCCAGGAGCAAGACUAUAUCCACAUUUUCCUAAGCAUGUACCGGACCUUCACGAGCACCGAUAAGUUCAUUCAACUCCUCUUCCAGAGUGUCAGCAAAGCCACUGAUGCCAACGGCAGUAAUUGCCACCUAAGCUCAUUGAUGUGUAUCAUCAAGACCUGGCUGGAGGCGUAUGGGGAUGACUUUUGGGAGCCCCCGGAGCACCCCUCCCUCCAACUUCUGUGCACACAGCUGCACCUCCAUCUUUGUUUACAGAACCUGGCCCAGCAUGCUGACCACCUGUUGAAGAAAUUCCUGGAGGAAGAGAAAUAUACCAAUCACUUCUCCCCAGGAAUGGUGUGUAGUCAAGCCUUGCUGCAGGAACAGUUGGAAAUUAAGUCAGCAGAUGAAGACCCUGAAUAUGAAGACUCGGAGGAUCUGAAGGAUUUCAUGGAUUUCCCAGUCCUCAGCAUUGCAGAGCAGCUUACACGACAGGACGCUGAGCUUUUUAUCAAAGUUGUCCCAUUCCAAUGUCUGGGCUGCAUCUGGUCCCAACGGGACAAGAAGACAAACCUGUGUCCCACCAUUCGGGCCACUAUCGCCCAGUUCAAUGCCAUUACCAACCGGGUCAUCACUUCUCUGCUCUGCUGCCCAACACCCACCCAUUCCACCACUCGGGGACUGUCCUGUGGCCCUGCCCAGAGGGCCCGUGUUAUUGAGAAGUGGAUUCAGGUUGCAGAGGAGUGCAGACACCUGAAGAAUUUCUCUUCACUGAAGGCCAUCCUGUCAGCCUUGCAGUCCAAUGCAAUCUAUAGGUUGAAGAAGACCUGGGCUGCUGUCUGCAGGGAGAGUGUGGCCACCUUUGACAAUCUCUGUGAGACAUUCCCUGAUGAGAACUGCGUGUUGGCAAGCGGUCAGAUCCUGGUGGAGGAUGGCAGCCAGCAAGAUGAGCAGCACUCCUCUCCAAAGUCCCUGAAACACUGCCCCAUCUCCAAACAGAUGAGCACCACUGGAGGCAGUGUUCCCUACCUGGGCACCUACCUGACAGUCCUGACUAUGCUCGACACUGCCUUGCCUGAUUUUGUGGAGGGGGACCUCAUCAACUUUGAGAAGCGAAGAAAGGAGUAUGAGAUUAUUUCUCAGAUCAGUCAGCUUCAGUCGUCUUGUGAACAGUAUGUGCUGCCCAGUCAUCCUCGGAUCACUCAGUGGCUGCAAAGUUCAAAGAUACUCACUGACCAGGAGAGCCAUGAUUUGUCUCAGGAGCUGGAGCCUCCCAUCGAUUCUUGUCCUGGGUCCCCCAGCCCAUGGAGUUACAGGCUGUUCUCGAAGCUGCUGCCCCUGAGCGAGGGAACCAACACAAAGACACUAGCAGACCAGGCCAGUGUGUCCUCCUUUACAUCCUGUAGUUGUGAGACUGAAGAAAUGAGCUCCCCAAAUUCCUCACCACAAAGAUUACAGUCCCUAUCCAGCUCCUGUCAAAAUGUGGAAGAUAUCUUUUCCUCCACCCGUACCACACCAUCGGAACCCUGUGCACAGUCCAGCUCCACCUACAGCUCUCAGCCGGACCUCUCCGUACCAGCACCAGGCAACGUGAGCCCGGUGACAUGCAGGCCCAUUUCUCAGUACAAGCGCUCAGUAUCCAUGACCUCACUUCCUGUGUACAACCGGCAAGUGGAUGAUUCCUGCAUCGUCAGGGUCAGCAUUGAGAGCGGCAACAAUGGCAACAUGUAUAAGAGCAUUUUGCUAACCAGCCAAGACAAAACUGAGCAGGUGAUCCAGAGGGCCCUGCAGAAACACAACCUAGAGGGUAUCAGCUGCAAUGAAUUCACCCUCAGCCAGGUCCUGCCACAAGACAAAGAACUUCUUAUUCCAGACAAAGCCAAUGUUUUCUACGCCAUGUCUACAUCUGCCAACUAUGACUUUGUUUUGCGGCAACAGCAAGUAUCUCACAGAAAGAGGCCUCUGGGCUCAUCAUCAAGUUUUCGCUUGCUGAGAAGAGCCAAUCAUGCUUUGUAACACUGCCAGCUGUGAUCUGGAGGGUAAUACUGCCAUAGAGGACUGAAAAAACCUUGAAUAUGCUUUAAUUUAAAUUUCCUCUAAAAAUUAACAGAAUAAAAUCAUCCAAUGUUGAUGUGUUAUGGAAAUACUUGCCAGUUUUGAAGCUAAGUGAUUCAGUGAGCUGACAAUAUCAUAACGAUUUAUGAUUUUUCUUCUGGCCAGAUAUGGACUAUAAAUCAGAAGAGCAUGGAAGCACUUUAUGAAGAAUACGAUUAAGUGGAUGCAAUAUUUCGAAAAAAACUGAGAUUAACCUUGUCAGUAAUGACCUGCAUAAAACAUGUGGUGAACUGAGUACCAAAGAGAUCUUUGUCUUAUUAAAGCAAAAAAAAAAACCCUGUUAUUCUUAGACCCACUGGGUUUAUUUAAUUAAUAAUAAAUUGUUAUUUUAUAUGUAUGCUUAUGUUUUCUUUAGGAAACAGUUUUACUUUUGUAUUGUUUGCAUUAAGGCAAAUGUAUGCUUUAGAUGGUUCAGAUAUUACGGUAAUAGAUGUCUUGCUGCAAGUACAGUAUGUAAUUGUAUGUAAGCAGUAACAUGUUUCUUUUACAGCUGGAUUCAGACUUCUCUUUUACAAUAUGAUGCAUGUCAGCAGUGUAUAUUGAAAGUGCUCGUACUUAUGUCAGUGUCCUGUAGCUGUCCAGUCCAACUGGACAGAGGAGCAGGCAGUCAGUGAGAGGGGUGUGUGAUGCCACUCAGACAGAGGGCAAGUCCAGAGGUUCCAGUUUGUCACCUUGAAUAAAUUAAAGCCUU